UACCCAGUAUUUGUACUUUCAUGCAUAUCGCGACAAUUCUUUGAGUACGAAAAACGCGCUGCCCGUCCGGCAGCACUUGUCGCGACCAUGUAUAUCAAGCAGAUCAUCAUCCAGGGCUUCAAAAGCUACAAGGACCAGACGGUCAUGGAGCCCUUCUCACCAAAAACAAAUGUCAUCGUCGGUCGCAAUGGUUCGGGCAAGAGCAAUUUCUUUGCCGCAAUUCGGUUUGUCCUCAGCGAUGCCUACACACAAAUGAGUCGCGAGGAGCGUCAGGCCCUACUACACGAAGGCUCCGGCUCUGCAGUCAUGUCUGCCUAUGUCGAGAUCAUAUUUGACAACAGUGACGAUCGAUUCCAUACCGGCAACAAGGAGGUUAUUUUGCGCCGGACAAUCGGUCUUAAGAAAGACGAAUAUUCCUUGGACAAGAAGGUCGUCACCAAAGUUGACGUCACGAAUCUGCUAGAGACUGCAGGUUUCUCUAAAUCCAACCCAUACUAUAUCGUGCCCCAAGGCCGCGUCACCGCACUGACCAAUAUGAAAGAGUCCGACCGACUGAAUCUACUCAAGGAAGUUGCCGGGACACAAGUCUACGAAUCUCGUCGAACCGAGUCUCUCAAAAUCAUGACAGACACGAAUAACAAGAGAGAGAAGAUCGACGAGUUAUUGGACUACAUAAAGGAGCGGCUGAGUGAGCUAGAGGAAGAGAAGGAGGAACUCCGAGGCUAUCAAGAUAAAGACCGAGAGCGACGCUGCCUCGAAUACGCAUACCAUCGCAAGGAUCAAGUUGCAGUCGAAGAGGCGCUCGAGGAGCUCGAAGAAUCACGCCAAGGCGGCCUUGAGGAUACAGAUGAGAACCGUGACGCUUACAACGCGGGCGAGAAAGUCAUUGCCUCACUAGAUGCUGAGAUUCACAAACUUCAAAAGCAGAUGGAGCUUCUGCGCAUCGACCGCCGACAGCUAGAAGAAGAUAGGCGUGAAAAUGCAAAGGCGCGGGCGAAAGCUGAGUUAGCCGUCAAGAGCCUAUCAGACAGCAUGUCGGCUCAGGAACAGGCAAAGGAGGAACACGCGGCGGAAUUAAACCGUGUCAAGACAACCAUCUCAUCCAAAGAAACUGAGCUCAAAAAGUUAAUGCCGGAACUGGAAAAAAGGAAGCGGAAGGAGGCGGAGGUAAGACAGGCUCUUGAUACAGCAGAAGCUGGAAGACAGCGACUCCUCACGAAGCAGACGAGAGGCACGCAAUUUCGUAGCAAAUCGGAACGAGAUAACUGGCUUCGAAAGGAAAUAGACGACCUCAACAUGACCUUGGGCACACAGAAGGCAACACGUCUUGAUGCUGAGGAGCAAGUUAACAAUAUCCAAACAACUAUCCGGGAAUUGGAGGAGGAAAUCGAAGCUCUGCGUCAAAAGAAUGGGGCCUUCGGUAGCGACCGAGCUGCCCUCGCUGAAGCGUAUAACAAAACCAAGGACGUUGUUCAUAAACUCCAAGAGGAGAUAAAGCAGCUUCGUAAGAAAGAUGAUACCCUAGACAAAGAAUUGCUGGACGCACAGGAGGAAAAGGUUAAGGCUGAAAAUGUUCUUCGAAAGAGCAUGGACUCCAACACCUGGCUAGGUUUGGAAUCGAUCCGCCGACUCAAACAGAACAAGCUGGAGGUCGAAUCACAUUUAUGCCGCUCUCAAGGUUACAGCCAAAAGCAGCAAAGCUUCCAAACGCGCAAGAUGCGAUACCUCUUCUCAACAAAAUCAAGUACAACCCCGAAUACGAACGGGCAUUUCGUCAAGUUUUUGGCACUACCAUUGUUUGUCGUGACCUCACUAUCGGUAGCCAGUAUGCGAAAAGUCAUGGGGUCAAUGUUGUAACUCUGGAUGGCGAUACGACAAAUAAGCGUGGUGCCAUGACUGGUGGAUACAUAGAUCCCCGAAGUUCACGACUGGAUGCUUUGCAGUCCUUGAAGGAAUCGAGAGAGAAAUAUGAUGCGUUAAGAGAAGAGGUAUCUGUGCUUCAACGGGAACUAGAAAAGAAAGAUCAAGAAGUCAGCCUUGCACAGGGUGAGGAGCGCAAAGCAGAGCAACAGCUUCGACAGAUGGACAAUAGUCAUGGCCCCCUUCGCGCAGAGUUGAACACAAAGAACAGCCAAGCUGCCUUAGCAAGAGAUCGGCUUGAAACAGCCAUUGGACGGCGUGACCUCGUUGACAAGAAUAUGAAGGAAUUCGGUGAUAUUCUACAUGCUCAUGAAGCAGAGCUGGCGUCAGACUUUAAGAAAGCUCUCACAGCUGCAGAGGAGCGGCAAUUAGCAGAAUUUGGUUCUAGAGCGCAAGAGUUUCAGAAGGAAUGGAAUGAGGCCACCGCCAAUCGGCGAGAGCUCGAGAACCGCAAGAACAAGCUUGAGCUUGAUUUACGCACCAACCUUCAACUGAAGCUCGAUCAACUCACCAGCCAAGCCAUUGAAGGUGCUUCUAGUGGAAGUGAUGAUUUAAGGGACGCA